CCUCCUUCCCAACGGACCACAUCCGUGUUGGAAAUUGGUGUUGAUGGUGGAUAUCAGAUUUCGCUGAGAAAAGAUCACCGACGCUGCCUAUUAGGCAUCAUGUUGGACAUUAGCGACCCGUUUUCUUUAGGGAAGAUGCAAUUACGUCAUUAGGCAGCAUUUCAGAAAAUUAAUAUUAUUCAAUAAUCAGUGUCCAGUGGAAGCUUAUGAUAACGAGAGCUAGCUAGCAGGCUAGCAAAACAGGAUUUUACGUUGAAACACCGUUAGCUUACAUGCCUACCUACAAGCAUUAUUCAUAUUUACAGCUGGACAUUAAGAUAUUAUCUAUUUAAAGUGAAUGUUCACAACUUAAGAGCGUAACAUGGGUUAGCUGGUUUGAUCUGAUGUGGAAUUCACUCCUUACUUUUGAUGCUUACAUUUAUCUGACAGGUCAGCUGGCAGUUUAGUUUAAUUUUACGUGCUUUGUAGUUAAUCAUUAAGUUGUCUCGCAUUACUUGAUAUUAGUGACAGUUAAAGACAGUAAGAGGAGUGGUAUUGGAGGAGGUUUGAUGAAUUGGACUGUCACUUGCAUUUCCACAAGUAAAGCCAUGCUAUGAUGGUGCUACGGAGGUUACUAAGGAAACGCUGGGUGUUGGGGGUCGUAUUCGGAUUGUCCCUCAUCUACUUUCUUACCAGCACACUCAAACAGGAGGAGCGAACCAUACGAGACCGAACGCUCUUAGAAGUUAGAGAUUCAGACCAUCGCAUCCCGUGGAAAGUCCGUUUCAACUUGGGCAACAGCAGUCGACAGAUCACUCAAUGCAGAAAUUCUAUCCAGGGCAAAACGCUGCUCACAGACGAACUUGGUUAUGUCUGUGAGAGGAAAGACUUGCUGGUUAAUGGAUGCUGUAACGUCAAUGCUCCCAGCACCAGACAGUAUAUUUGUAAAAGCUGCCUCGCCAAUGGCUGCUGUAGCAUUUACGAGUAUUGCGUGUCAUGCUGCCUCCAGCCUGAUAAGCAACCUCUUCUUGAGCGCUUCCUGAAUCGUGCAGCUGAAGGUUUUCAGAACCUCUUCACUGCUGUGGAGGAUCAUUUUGAGUUAUGCCUGGCCAAGUGUAGGACAUCUUCACAAAGUGUCCAACAUGAAAACACCUACCGAAACCCUCAAGCAAAGUACUGUUAUGGUGAGAGUCCUCCAGAGCUUCUUCCUGUAUAAGCUGGACUGAACUCUUUAAGGAAAAACAUGAGAAGCAAUGGAUCCGUUAAAAUGGCCAUGUUUGGAUGCACAGUAGGGUUGGAGAAGAGACGUGGAAAAUGAAGUACUGUCUGACAAUUUUGCAUUAUAGUGCCGAAGAAAUGAAGAAACGUGAGACCUCCAACCUAAAAAAAAAGGACAAAUACUGUUUGUAAUUUUAUUAUUUACACUUCAUAAGUGCAUAGAACGCUUCCAGCAUUCAUCCAUGAUGAUCAUCAGGUCUACAGCACAGGCAGCUGAUCCACCAGGGUUUGCUUCAAACAAGGUCAUGCCAUAAAACAGGCUUCAUUUUUUUUUUUAUUUUUUUUUUAUUGAAAACGGCAAAGAAUGUGUCAUUACUUCUGUGUAUAGUGCAUGCAUAUGAAGAUUAUUUAAUAAAAGUGACUGUGAAACAAGA